CCAAGUGAAGCAUUACCUUAACAGUAGUCAGGCAGAUAGGGAGGUGAGAGAAAAUAGGUUUGGCUGCCAUUGCUGUUGCCCGUCGCCGUGUGAGUGAGAAGUAAUGUGAGAAGUUACCACAGAUCAAAUAUCAGGAAGACAUCAUGAAGGUGGACGACAAGUUUCAAAUUCUGAAAUUCUUUGCAGCAGUUUUCAACUCUGUUUUCCUGAUUCUGGGGCUCUGUAUCUUUGGAUGUGCGGUAUGGAUCUUGUUUGACAAAGACAAUUUCAUUGCUGUUCUCAGCUCUGUUGAGGUGAAGACUGUAGCUGGGGGACUGUUCAUCAUCGGACUGAUGGUGGUUGGUGUCACUAUUCUGGGGAGUGUGGGAGCCCAACUGGAGAACAGGUUCUUCCUGCUACUGUAUAUGGGCUUCCUGAUCUGCAUCGUCCUUGGUCAGCUGUUUGUCACCUUCAUCAUUUUGUUAUCGCGUGAAAAGAUCACAUCUGAGAUGAAAAUGGAAGUGAAUAAGACCAUGACUGAAUAUGGAACAAACCCUGACAAUCAACGACAUUGGAAGCUUCUGGAUGAUGUACAGCGCUAUGGGCACUGCUGUGGUAUGCAGGUUCCUAAUGACUGGCAGGGGAACUUGUUCAUUAUGAACACCAGUCUGACAGAGGUGUUUCCCUGUUCCUGUUUCAACACCACGGACUGUCCUGCCAUCUCUGGAUACAGCACAACGCUGUUUGGAAAUGGAAAUGAAACACACAUCCAUCCACAGGGCUGUCAAAAGAUGAUCACUGAUUGGCUGAAGGAGAACACUUUGACAAUAGUGGGCAUGGACAUGGGCCUGCUAAUCAUUCAGGUCCUCCAGUUGAUAGUGUUUGUGUAUCUAUACCAGACUGUUGGUCAGAAAGCCAAGCUGAGAUGUGUUAGUCAGCUGAUUCGCUCUGAGGACCAUCGCGAACCAAACCCUGACUACCUUGAUGACCCUGACUACCCUGACCAAAACCAUGCCUAUCCUGAACCAAACCAGCCCUACGCACAUACAAACCCUCGCCUACCCUGAACAAAUCCUUGC